CCUCCUGCUUUUGCUGCGUCGCCCUCCCUCCUUGCGACCAUGGCCCCGUCCUUUCGGCCCAGCAAGAACCGAUCGAGCCGGGACGACGAAGACUUCUUCGAGGCCAGAGGAGACCGGAAGGCGAGAAAGCCGCUGGUGGAGAAGAAGCGGCGGGCGCGGAUCAAUGAGAGCCUGCAAGAGCUGCGUGUGAUCUUGGCCGACACCGAGUUCCAGACGAAGAUGGAGAACGCCGAAGUGCUGGAGCUGACGGUCAAGCGGGUGCAAGGCAUUCUGCAGAGCAGGUCGCCAGAUGGUGACAAACUCCAGCGAGAGGCCAGUGAGCGCUUUGCAGCUGGGUACAUCCAGUGUAUGCACGAAGUUCAUACGUUCGUCUCCAACUGCCCUGGGAUUGAUUCUACCAUCGCGGCAGAGCUCUUGAAUCACCUUCUGGAGUCGAUGCCCCUGAACGAAGGCAGCUUCCAGGACUUGCUUGUGGACGUCUUAUCUGACCCCUCCAUCAGCCAGUGGCCCAGCAGUGAUGGGCUCUCCCAAAUGCCUGGGGUAUCGCCUGGAGCUUUAAGCCUGCCCAGUCCCACUUCACCUCUUCCUUCACCUUCCUCCAGUGAAGAGAUUGGCUCUGAUCUGGAAGACACAGAGGCCGAGCAAACCCACAUCUCUUUGGAUGGACUGGACAGGUCUAGGACGCAAAAUGUGCCUUCCUCCAGCCUUUCCAAAUCUAUGUGGAGACCGUGGUAACAAACUGCACAGGAACCAACGAAGAUCUACCUAAUAGGGAGAAUACUUGAGCACUGUGUUCUUCUAGCCAUUGGAGUAUAGACGGUGAGGAUUUCAGGCGGUGCAUUUGUGUCGUGAUAUUAACUGUAUUUCAGGACUGUAUAGAUGGCACUCUGACACUGUCAGAUCCUGACAGGCUAAAUAGCUGAAUGGGUUAACAUUUCAUCUGUGAAUGUGAGAGAUGGGUUUUGUAAGUCUUGGUUUCUUUUUAUUAGGGGUGUGGGGUAAAAAAAGAUGAAAGUGUGUGCAGGCAGAGCUCUUUUGUUGACGCACAGCAGUGUUUGAGCAACUUAGCUGUUCGUUUCCUUCUUUUUUUGGCCCUUAUAAGUGGCCCAGAUAUCACUACCUUUUUUUCAGUUAGGAAAAAGACCCUUGUGCAUUUGAGAAUUUGGUGGUUUAGUCCAACACAAGGUAUGAAGUUAAAUAUUUAUGCACAACUUCAAAUGUUUUAGUGAUAGCAUUAAAAGAAAAAUCCCUGAAAGGGAUUGGUGAGGCUAGUUUAGUGAACUAGGAUCUCUCCUUCAGUGAAGGAAGAGAAAACUAGAAGCCCAACCGGAAUUAGGUGAGCAUUUAAAAUAUUGGUGGCAGGGUGCCUUUUAGAAACGUGUCUUGUACACAUCUUCUAGCACAUUUGAAAUUAUUGUGGUGUGUAUAUUAGCUUGUCAAAUGUUUAUUUUAAUCUUUUUUUAAAAAAAUAAUAAUAAAAAAACUAAAUUCACCAAUGAUUGCAUAUAUUUUGGGGUGUGACACUUCUGCUGUAGAAAUUCAGUUUCAUGUUAGUGAUUAACAAAUAUGUAUCCUUGAGUGCAAACAUUGGUAAUUAAGCACUUAAUUCUUGUACUGAACUUGUCUGUUCAAGUAUGGGGAGUUGGAAUGUUUCAUUUGUUUCAGGAUUCUUGGGCUAGUCUUGAUUUUGGCACACUAAAUUCCUGGCUUUGGUCAUGCGACUUCCAGAUUUUAGAAGUUGUUACUUAAUUUGUCAUUACUAAGGCUUUAAAAAAAACAAACCAACCACACAUACCCUGCAGUUGUGCAGGCUGAUCCUAUGUAUAUUCGCUUGGAAUCAGGUCUUUCUGGAUCGAGUAGAGCUUGCUCCUAAGUAAAUGCAUAGAAGGCAGCCUUAAAAAUAACAAAUGUCUAAAUGAGGGUUUAAACAAGUGUGAACAUUUUCCCGGUUGCAUAGAAAGCAUUAAAUAACAUGCAAUUGUUUAGGAAGCUUGAAAGCUCUUCAGUGAUCUACUGCAGCCUCAGCGUUUCUCCAUACAAAACAGGUCUUCAUUUUUUGUGGGGGGUGGGAGGGAAAAUGUGUGAGCUGUUUGUGCUGUUAUCUUUCCACAGAGCUGUCAUUGUAACAUAAACCUAUGCUGUAAACUUACUUAACACAUGAAAGUGUCCCAACAUAGCAAAAAGGGAGGAGUGAAAGUAAGAUAGGGGGCUAGCUAUGUAAUCUUCCUUUUUGUUAACCAUGUGGAAUAAUAAAAGUGGAAACAAAA